CCGUCUUGGCUCAGGCUUUUUUUCUUGCCUCUCUCUCUCUCUCUGCCGUGGGCGCGGCGGCGGCCCCCGCAUGAUGUGCCUGCCCGGCCUGCGCCGGCUCCGCGCCGGCGCCCCCGACGGCGGCCCCCCGGGGCGGGCCGUGCCCGAGGCGCCAGAGCCCGGCCGCCGGGACCCCCGCCUGCUCCGCCGCGCCGCGGAGCGGCGCUUCCAGGACGACGCCAGCAAGCGGAGCCUGAAGGAUUCCUGCUAGCCUACAUCGGGGUGCAGGUGCUGUACCUCGGGUUCUACCUGGCGGCCGCCCAGGGCAGCACCCUCAACUACGUGCCGCUGCUCGCCGACUCGGUGAUGCUGACGCUGCACUGCGGCGUGGCGCUGGUCAAGGUGAGCCAGGGGGGCGUGGAGUCCUGGCUGUACAGGUGGUCGUUGGCCUUCGCCCUGCUUGCCGACGCCGUGCUGUUCGCCAUCGCGGACCCUGUCGUGGAGGUCGAGGUCGAGGCUCACCUGGGCACGGGCCGCUUCUUCGAGCAAUUCGGCGGGCUACCCGCCAUGAAGUCGACCUCGCUACCGCACCCGUACAAGUCGAACAUCGUCUUCCAGUUCCAUUGCCUCUACAUGAGUCUGAUGGUGAUGCCCUUCAGGUGGGCGGCGAAAGUGAUGCCAGCGUGCAUGAUCGUGUACUCGACGGUUGUCGUCAUCUGUUUCCGGUCUCGCUACGACUCCUACGAGGCGAAGGGCAUCAACCCCACGCAGGACACGGAGGAUAUGUACAUAGAGACAGUCUUGAUGUGGGGGACCAUGCUGCUCGGCCUGUUCGCCAAGAGGACCCUGGAGCAGGCCCAGCGACCCCUCUGCCUGGCACUGGAGUCCGGGAAGGACGAGAUUAUCCGAGAGAAGGUCAAGCGCUGCACCGCCGAGUACGAGGCCUCCGGCCUCAUGGACAAGAUGAACAGCGAGGCUCCCCGCGCCGCCGACGCAUGCUCGGUCGUUGGGCGAUCGCCUCGCGUGCCCGCGUCGAUCCACAGCGCCCCGGCCGGGGUGCAGAAGAGGUUGUCGCGCAAGAGGCGUGGCGGCGACCAGGACAUCUGCGACUCUGGGGACUGCCUCCCCUCCAGCGCCUCCGUCUGGAUCGAGAACGAGGCGCUACCGCAGCGUCUGAGCACCGUGAGGCCGGGCCAGCGCGUGCUGUGCUACGACAACCUUCAGAGGGGGAUGAAGUACACGGACGUCCUGGACGUGAGCCUGGCGCCAGGUUCCGAGUGCACCGAUUGGAUGACAGUGGUCCUGAAAGACGGCACGAAGCUGGAGAUGACCCCCAACCACCCCGUGGAGUGCUUCUCCACCUCAGACCACGGCCGCACGCCUGGCAGGUACAUCCCUGCCAGCGAGGUGCAGGCAGAGGCAGACAGCAUCAUGGUGCUCAAGACCGUCCUGGUUCCCGUCAGCAGCGUGCACCAUACCACACUGGACACCGCCGCCGGCACCUGCACCUCAAGUGCGCGCGAGUGGGUCAACCUCAGCAUACAGCACCCAGAUCGUCACACCGUCUUCGUCUCGCGUAGCUGCGAGGCGGCGCAGGGCGCUAUGGCUGUCGGGACGCUCGACUUCCCCCAUGGAGGCCACCGCGCGUUCGUGAAGCGCUCGUUCGUCGUUGUGGAGGAGGUUGCCGGCACCAGCAGCGAGCAGAUCAGCAUCCGGCGCACGGUCUCCGCACCAGACCUCGAGCUGGCUCAGGACCAGGACCUGGAGGCGGGCUUCCUGGAUGCCCCCCCCAAGAGCUCGGAGGUCGGAGGCGGCACCUGGCACGCCCCUCUUGGGGGCGUGGACAAGCUCCUGCACGCGCUCGUCGCAGGGGCCAGCAAGCUGUUCCCAGCGGAGCCCCUGGCGCAGGGGGCGGGCCAGGCCGCCGCGGCCGUCGCGCGCGGCAGCUGGCCCUCCGCAGCCGAGGGCGGCCCCACGUCUGCGGGCGGCGCCCCGCGCGGCGGAGGGGAUCCCAUGGGGCCCGCGCACGAGGGGAAGCACGCGGGCGGGCUGCGGCGGGACAGGCAGCGGAGAAGAAGCAGCACCGGCACGAGCCGCCGGCCGUGCACGGAGGCGGGUGAGAGGAGAGUCGGGGCCGCGGCGCGCCGCGCCCCAGAGGAUGCGGACCUGAUCUCCGAUCAGGGCCACGUCGAGGAUCGAGGAUCACCAGAGUUGAUGUGGAACCUCCAGGCCCGGGUGGGUAAUUCGGCAAAGCAGCACCCCAGCAGCUAG